CCGGCGAAGGACCACUCCUAGUCUUUGAAAACAUCUCUGUCAGUUCCAAAUUGGUCCCUUCAACAUCCAAAGCCUGCGACAAACUGGACAACAAGCAUUUCUUGGCAGAAUUAGUAUCUCAAGUUAUGGAUGGAUACAGUGCUUAUGAGACAUAUACAGGGCUCAAGUGCGGUUAUUACCUUGACGUCAUCUGGCCAGUGCAAUGAAUCUUCAAAAAUCACCUUGAAAGUGUUUGGGAAUUCAAUAGACUCACUGGUGUAGGCAUAACAUUCAGUUGUAGAAAAUGUGCACUUCUCGACGGGAUACCAGUCAGCAGCUCUCACCGACCGUAGUUCUGAUGAUGCAACGGAUGAAUUCUUUCAAAAGAUGGACCGUCAUCGUGGUCAAAUCACCUCUACAGCAUACAAAGAUGCUAUCCAAACUCUAAAAACCUAUUUAGUUAGUGAUUCUAACGAUUAUGAGGAAUGGUUUAUUGAUGAAUUCGUAGGACAUCUGGGUGAACUAGAAAUGGUUUGCCGAAAACCUAUACCACUCGACAAAUCAAAUUGGGAUUCCUCAUUUUCAGAUGUGAUUUUAGUGGAGUAUCGUGUGGUUCAUAGUCAAAGCUAUCAAGUUCCUGUCCUUCUCAUCCGUUUUCAGACAAAAAGCGGUCGUUCAUUACAUCAUAACAAAUUUUGGAGUGAAAACCUCCGAUCCUCUGCUUUCCCGAUUUCAAUAGACCCACUACCUUUGUCUGGUCUCAGUGAAAUCGAACAUCCAUAUCUGGGUGUUCCAUUCUAUCAGUUUCAUCCUUGUAAAACUGCUAGUCUCAUGAGUGAGGUGUUUUCUUCAACAGCUUCUCAGUCUAUAGAUCCGGUAAAGUAUAUGAUUAUGUGGUUUAGUUUAAUUGCUUCUCCACUUGGACUUCAUCUUCCACAAAUUUCACUAUUAAUAUAG